CAUGCAUGAUGGUAUGGGAUCCAAGAAUAAUUAGAAUACCCACCAAUCCACCAAACCCAUACGAAUAUCCACACUAUUCAUAUGCUAUACAAACAACAACAGCAAAUAGCCCACACUUAACACCAAUGCAGCAACAACAAUUGGUACAACAACAGCAACAACAACAACAACAAAGACCACCAGCCAACCAUCCUAUAGUAAAUAAAUCAAACAAUAGUAGUCCAGUAGAUAAAUCACCAUCAAAUACCACCACAACUACUACAAAUAAUAAUAAUAACAAUAAUAAUAACAAUAAUAAUAACGCCAAUGGUAAUAAUACUGUCACACCAACAGAACCUCCAAAGAAUUUUAGUGGUGAAGUAUUUUUCGAUGAUAUUGGCCAAGAAAAACCACAAAGAAGACGGAGAAGAACCAUGUAUUCAAGUAGAAGAAAUUUAAAAUGUCAUUAUUGCGAAGUUACUGAAACUCCUGAAUGGAGAAGAGGUCCCGAUGGUGACCACACACUUUGUAAUGCAUGUGGUUUACACUAUGCCAAAAGCCAAAAGAAAUUAGCUCGUGAAAAAGAACUAGAAAAACAAAGAGAAAAUACAAGAAAACACAGUAUCGAUUUUAUGUUAACUGAACCACCUUCAACAAAUUCUCAAAAUACAACUCCGCCCAAUUAAAAUUAAUAUAAAUAAUAACAAUAAUUAGUAAUAAUUAAUUUAAACAUCACCAACCAUUAAAAUAAUUAAUUUGAAAACUUAAAUCUCAUUUAUUUAUUUACCAAAUCGAAUAUUAUUUAUUUUUAGAAACAACAAGAAUCAAUCAAAAAUUUCAAAUAAAAAUAACCCCCACACAAAAAUAUUUCCUUUUUUUUUAAAAAAAAAAUAAAUAAAAAAAUGAAAUAAAUAUAUAUAUAUAUAUUUAUUUCUUGUAUAUUAUUAUUAAAUAUAAUGUUUUCUAAAU